ACAGGGGACAGUGCAGGGGCGCCGUGACACGGAGGUGCCGCCGGGCGGGAGGAGCAUCCUCCGGGGAUCGGGGCGAGCCCGUGGCCCUGGAGCGGCGGAGAGCACAGAGCUGCCCGGGCAGCGGCGCGGACACACCGCGGUGCUGCUGCGGGGGCUCAGUCCCGCCCGUAGGGCUGCCAGAAGCACCGCACACAACCAGCUUGGUGAGGAACUCUACCCUCUUUAAGUUCUCUUCUAGACAUAACUGCCAGGUAGAUUUUUAACAAUGAACAGUAUUGCCAAAAGCCUUUUGAAAUCGGUUAAACACGGCCGAGCUGCGUGGCUGAGAAGCAGCUCAUCUCGCCCUGGAAAACAGUGUUCUCGGAGGCUGGUUUUGGGAAUAGAGACGAGCUGUGACGACACGGGUGCUGCUGUGGUGGAUGAUGCCGGCUGUGUCCUGGGAGAAGCCCUGCACUGUCAGAAGGAAGUCCAUUUACAAACAGGUGGAAUAAUUCCUGUGGUGGCACAGCAGCUUCACAGAGAAAACAUCGAGCAAGUGGUAGAAGAGGCGCUUCGUGUCAGUGGCGUUUCUGUAGCUGAGCUUGCAGCUGUUGCAACUACAGUGAAACCUGGACUUGCUCUAAGCCUUGGGGUGGGGCUGGAGUACAGCCUGGCCUUGGUGAACAGGCACCAGAAGCCGUUCAUACCCAUCCAUCACAUGGAGGCUCACGCGCUGACCGUCAGGCUCACACAUCACCUGGAAUUUCCCUUCUUGGUUCUUUUGGUCUCUGGAGGCCACUGUAUCUUGGCAGUAGCACAAGGAGUGUCAGAUUUCCUUCUGCUUGGACAGUCCAUAGAUAUUGCACCGGGUGACAUGCUGGAUAAGGUGGCAAGAAGACUGUCUUUAAGAAAGCACCCAGAGUGCCACAGCAUGGCUGGGGGGCAGGCGAUAGAGCACUUGGCUCAGACUGGAAACCAGGAACAGCUCAUGUUCCGACUGCCCAUGAACCAGUAUCGGAACUGCAACUUCUCUUUUUCUGGACUUCUGAACCUCGUCAAUAAUGCCAUUGCACAAAAAGAAAAAGAAGAAGGUACUGAGGAAGGUGAGAUCCUGUCCUGCGUUGGGGAUGUUGCUGCUGCCGUCCAGCACGCAGUGGCUGUUCACAUCAUCCAGCGCACCUAUCGGGCCAUGCUGUUCUGCACCAAAAAUAGCAUCUUGCCACCAAAAAAUGCAACCUUGGUUGUAUCAGGAGGAGUUGCAAGUAAUCAGUAUAUCCGAAAAGGUUUACAGAAUUUGGCAGAAGCAAAUGAUUUUGCUUUACUGUGUCCUCCUCCGAGACUGUGCACUGAUAACGGUGUAAUGAUUGCAUGGAAUGGCAUUGAAAGGUUACGUGCAGGACUUGGUGUUCUACACGGGACCGACGGCAUCCGCUACGAGCCCAAAGCUCCCCUUGGAAUUGAUAUUUCCAAAAGAGUUGAAGAAGAUUCCAUCAAGGUGCCAAAAUUAAAACAGAUACGAUGGUUGGCAUCUUAAAAAGUAACUUAGUAAAUGCAAAUAUAAAUUGUUCAAUAAAAACUGUUUCAAUGCUG